GGGGCCGGGGCGGGUUGUUGUGAGGCGACUGCGCUACUGCCGGAGCGGGGCGGUUAUGGCGGCUCCGUAUUAACAGCCUCCUCCUCCUCCGCCGCCGCCGCCGUCUCCUCCUCCUCCUCCUUUCCCUCCCGCCCGCGCUCUAAGCCAUCUCCGCCUUCACCCUGACGCUUGCCUCUUCCCCUCACCUUUCCCCCUCCCCUGUUCUACCAUGCCCGGCAUGAUGGAGAAAGGGCCCGAGUUACUGGGGAAGAACCGAUCGGCCAACGGCAGCGCCAAGAGCCCGGCAGGCGGCGGCGGCAGCGGCGCCUCGUCCACCAACGGCGGGCUGCACUACUCAGAGCCCGAGAGCGGCUGCAGCAGCGACGACGAGCACGAUGUUGGGAUGAGAGUCGGAGCCGAAUACCAAGCUCGGAUCCCUGAAUUUGAUCCAGUGGAGACAAGGUCUUGCUAUGUUUCCCAGGCUGGUCUCAAACUCCAGGGCUCAAGCCAUCCGCCCUCCUUGGCCUCCCAAAGUGCUGGGAUUAUAGGUGCUACAAAGUACACAGAUAAAGACAAUGGAGGGAUGCUUGUAUGGUCUCCAUAUCACAGUAUCCCAGAUGCCAAAUUGGAUGAAUACAUUGCAAUUGCAAAGGAAAAGCAUGGCUACAAUGUGGAACAGGCACUUGGCAUGUUGUUCUGGCAUAAACAUAACAUUGAGAAGUCCCUUGCUGAUCUCCCUAAUUUCACUCCCUUUCCGGAUGAGUGGACAGUGGAAGAUAAAGUCCUAUUUGAACAAGCGUUUAGUUUUCAUGGAAAGAGCUUUCACAGGAUUCAGCAAAUGCUUCCAGAUAAGACAAUUGCAAGCCUUGUAAAAUAUUACUAUUCUUGGAAAAAAACUCGCUCUAGGACAAGUUUGAUGGAUCGCCAGGCUCGUAAACUAGCUAAUAGACAUAAUCAGGGUGACAGUGAUGAUGAUGUAGAAGAAACACAUCCAAUGGAUGGGAAUGAUAGUGAUUAUGAUCCCAAAAAAGAAGCCAAAAAAGAGGGUAAUACUGAACAACCUGUCCAAACUAGCAAGAUUGGACUUGGAAGAAGAGAGUAUCAGAGUUUACAACAUCGCCAUCAUUCUCAGCGUUCUAAGUGCCGUCCACCUAAGGGCAUGUAUUUAACCCAGGAAGAUGUGGUAGCAGUUUCCUGUAGUCCCAAUGCAGCCAACACCAUCCUGAGGCAACUGGACAUGGAGUUGAUCUCUCUAAAACGUCAGGUUCAGAAUGCUAAGCAAGUAAACAGUGCACUUAAACAGAAAAUGGAAGGUGGAAUUGAAGAAUUCAAACCUCCUGAGUCAAAUCAGAAAAUUAAUGCCCGUUGGACCACAGAGGAGCAGCUUCUAGCAGUGCAAGGUGUCCGCAAAUAUGGUAAAGAUUUUCAAGCUAUUGCAGAUGUAAUUGGCAACAAGACUGUUGGCCAAGUGAAGAACUUCUUUGUAAACUACAGGCGUCGGUUUAACUUAGAGGAGGUAUUGCAGGAGUGGGAAGCAGAACAAGGAACCCAGGCUUCUAAUGGUGAUGCUUCUACUUUAGGGGAGGAGACAAAAAGUGCUUCUAAUGUGCCAUCAGGGAAGAGCACUGAUGAAGAAGAGGAGGCACAGACCCCACAGGCUCCUCGGACACUGGGUCCAUCACCUCCUGCCCCAUCAUCCACUCCAACACCAACAGCCCCUAUUGCCACUCUGAACCAGCCUCCACCACUUCUUCGUCCAACACUGCCUGCUGCCCCGGCUCUUCACCGGCAGCCUCCUCCACUCCAGCAGCAGGCUCGGUUCAUCCAGCCCCGGCCAACUUUAAAUCAGCCUCCACCACCUCUUAUUCGCCCUGCUAAUUCUAUGCCACCCCGUCUAAACCCAAGACCGGUGUUGUCCACAGUUGGUGGUCAACAGCCACCAUCACUUAUUGGAAUUCAGACAGAUUCACAGUCCUCACUGCACUAAAAAUUAAAUUGGACACAGCUGCAGUAACUUUUCAUCCCAUCAUUAUACCAAUGCUCAUCUGACUGAUGAAAAAGAGGAAAGAAUAAUCAUUUCUAGAUACUGAGGCUGCAAACUAGUUCUGUGGCAGUGGACUAGCAUAAGUGGAUGUCUAAGAAAUUUUUCAGUUCACUAGACUAAAAUGUUAUACAACAAAAAGCCUCCAGGUAGCCUCCUUUCUAGAGUAUAUGUUCAGCAAUGUUGAUCUCAUAAAAGGAAAAAAAAAAAGAUUUAAGUAUUCUAUAUACCAAGUUUUUGUUUUGUUUUUACUGUAUUUAUUUUAUUGAGGUUCUUUAUAUUCCUGCCUCUUCAUAGUCAAGGCUCUUAGUACAGGAAUAUUGACUUAGGAAUUGUGAAAACUCCUUAAGUUUCUUAAGUUAAGGAUGUUUGGCUUUUUUCUUUAAUUUAAUUUUUUAAAAACCAUUUUCCUAUGUUAGGAGUGCAAGAAUAGCCAGCGUUUCCGAUUUUGACAUAUGUUCAUUUUAUGCAUAUUUAAGAAAUUAUAGCUGCAUAUCCCUUCUUUCAAAAAAUGUUGCUUUUUUUUUAAAGGAAUUUUAAUAUAUUCCUUUAAAAGAAAGCAAUUUAAUCAAUUGCAAAGCAAUUAUAUAAAACCACAAAGAAUGUACUGAACCUACUAACCCUUUAACAUACAGUUUAGGGUCCUAGCGCAGAGUCCUUGUUUAAAGGUCAUUGAUUCAUCAUCUGUCAGUAAUGAGAGGAUUGGAAGAAUAAUUUUGCAUACAAAUGAGGACUUAAUUUGUUGAAAUAUAAUCUCUUUAAGUUCCUUGAAAAUGGAGUUGGUUUUUUUUGUUUCUAAAUGCUAUCUGCUUUUAACUAGUAGUUGCCUACAUCUGGGGACUUCAGAGAAGAAUUAUAUUUUGUUAGUUAUGUAGACACAGUGGUUAUGGAAGCAUUUCUUUACAGUACCCUUUACGUGUUUGGUUUCUGAACUUAAAAUUGCCCUCAUACUUAAUAAUAUGGUCUGCAUUUAAUAUGAAAGGUGUUUUCUUGAUAAAUCUAUUGUACUAUUUGGAUACAUUUGUGUAUUCCUUGCAGCCAACCUGUAUUCGUGGGAUUGGUGUAGGGUUAAAUCAUCAACAUUAUUUCAUAAAAUAAGAAUUUGUUCUGUGUUAUCUAAAGAUGUAUCAGUAUAUUGUCACAGUUGUGCUGUUAACUAAAAAUGCUGAGACCCCUUUUUAUAGAAAAACAAAAAGACAUCAAGUCUUCUUAAUUCAACCCAUAAUCAUUAAGUACUUAACAAAGAAUAUUUUACAAGUGAUAGUAUUUCAACAAUGUGUAAUUAAUAUUUUUGAUACAAUGAUUUCAUAUUGGAAUCAUUCUUUGUGCAAAGGGACAAACAGAUCACUUAGAUUGCUAUACUAGUGGACAUAGGCUAAAUGUUUGCACAUUCACAUUCUUAUCACAUGUAGAAUACUUCACAAAAUAGUCAACAUCUAAGGCCCUAAUUUAUGUUUUGAAAGAUCAUGUGUUCCCAAAGUAUUCCCUAUUGUUGGCUCCACAGCCUUAAAGUGCUAUAGAUUUAAAUUCAUUGAUGAGUUUUAAUUUUUAAUUUUAGACUGCGUAUUUCCAUAAAUACCCUACGUACUGGCAUAUCUGAAACUCUUUUUCCAGGUUAGGUCCUUUUCUUUCUCAUUGAAUCAUCUUAAAUAGUUCUUGGCCCUGAAUUUAGCUGAUUUAAAAUUCUUAAUAUUCAAGAAUUUAUACUUAUUUUUUCUUCAAAAGCCACGGGACAGUUAUAUAUCUUAAAAUAUCUAAAACAUUUUUUAAAGCACUUAGACUGUCUUAUGUAUGUGCAUACUAUACCUUUACAGCGUUUAUUGUCUUGUCUCUUGUCAGUAGACCUUCAGUACACAGUAUGUGGGAUAUGUCAGUCAAGUUGGUCAGCACCAGCAUCUGUCCAGCUGUUCAGUAUAUUGUGAUUCAUUAAAAAAUCUGUUCUAUCUCAGACAUGGGCCAAGGUGCUGUAUCUGAGGGAUGUGCUGUAAUUUGAUUUACAUGCAUUAGAGCACACAGUAGAAAAACGUUAGCUUCAUUAGUAAUAUGACACAUGUAUAUAGUGAGAUGUCUUUAUUGUGUGCUUUGCAUAUUUUGUAAAUAUUUUGCACGUCAUUAUUUUUCUUUUUUGUUUAAGCAGUGUUUGGCCUGGAAGAGUGAUAUGCUUGCUGCUUAAUCAAAGGAUUAAAGAUUUAAAGAUG